AUGCUUCGCCGUGCGCGCCGGCUCAGAAAUGUCAUCAACAAAUACUGCUGUGAUCAUGAAUACUCGCAGUUCAAGGUUACUGAUGUCGAAUGGAGGCAAAUCGACUACCUGGUUCAUUUGACCAAACCGUUCUUUCGGUUCACUAUGGCUUUGAUGAAGACCAGAGAUGUUACAAUCCAUAGUGUGUUCCUCGUAUACAGGAAGCUUCUGGAGCAUAUUGAAAGGUCGAAUCGAAAAUUAAAAAGAAAGUUAACACCUUGGAAGAAGGACAUGUAUGGCGCUUUGCUCGUUGCAUGGCAGAAGCUGAAAGAGUACUAUGAAAAGACCUACCGCGAUCACGCGAAUGUUCCUGUAUCCCCGCGAAUUUACUGGAAGGAGCACGAGAGCGAGUUCCCUAUUCUUUCUCGACUUGCACGAGACUUGCUUUCGGUGCCAGCCACCGGCGCAGGUGUGGAGAGGCUUUUCAACAGUGCUCGAGACAUUUGUCACUAUCGUCGAGGUUCUCUUAACGAAGCAACUAUUCAAGAAUUGAUGAUGUAUAUGUGCUCAGAAAAGCUCACACUGGACGGACAGCAACUGACCCGCCUGGAGAAACCAAUGGAGAGCGAAAAGCAAGAGGCAGUUGAAGAGGAUGAAGCGCUGAAGGCAAUUGAAGAGGAUGCUGAGCCGAUCAGCGACAAGGAAGAAAUUGAAGAGAGCGAAGAUUUUGAGGGUAGCUUUGAGCUCGAAGAGCCAUACCAGGCGGAGUGUACGCUGGCAGAGACUGACCGAAGCUCCAUGCACAGCCAGAGUUACGAUGUGGAACAAGAGGAAGAAGAUAGCGUGGAGGAAGAGGGGGUCGAAUACGACGAAGCAGAUCUACUUCCACCACCAAUAACGCAGCUGGGUGAUCGAAGCCAGAAGAGAUCUUCAGGACGGGUAACAAUGCCCUCGAGCCGACUGCGAGGUUAUGAGGUAUACUAG